AUGGCAGAAAACGAUACAAGCAACGCACCAUACGAAGAUGUGGCGAAAGGACUAAACUCACCCGAAAUACGAUCGAACACAAACAUACCGUACGUAGAUGAAGUCGUUGAAAUGGAGCACGUUACAGCUGACGAACCGAUCAGACCAAAGCGUCUUAGAGACGUAGAGAAAAAUCCAGAACCUUUUGAAUUAAAACAGGAUAGAAAGAUUCAUGCGUCUGAUUUAGGUACAGUGCAUUCACCAAAUAGUGACACUAUAGUAGUCAAUACACCUGAAGGAACACUAUACAUAACACUUGAUCCCGAUUCGUCUAAAUCAUCCAAACCUACUAGUCCCAGUACUCAAUCGACUGAUGUAUCCAUAGAGACACCUACUAGGCCUAAAGCAUUUGGAGCUUUAGAGUCAGAAGAUAUGAUAACAGUCGAAAAAGAAGUUGAGCAGCGAAGAAGGAGCUUAAGAAGAAAUUCUAUAUCGAUGCCUACUCUGCCGAAUCUAGAGUACAUGGGACAGACGCAAGACCAGAUCCCUGAACAUCAUCAGAGCUCGACAUCCGUGUUCAGCGAUGGCGACAACCAAGCGGAUGACGCGAACGUCGUUUCUGAUGAGGAAGCCACCAAAGUACCCCUCAGGUCACCGCGUCGCAAGUCGACAGCGCCCAGAAGAUUCAGAUCAGAGUUCAGCAUGGAUGACGACGAGUACUCGCCAAGCAACUCGGUCACCAGCGUCAAUUCGUUAGCAAGCUUACUCAAGGAAAAACUACAAAGCAUCCCACAAAAAAUAAGAAAGAAACCCACUGACUACAAGCUCCGAGCGUUCGUCGGCCUCAUGUUCCUUGCCGUGGCUUUCUUCGUCGGUUUUGCGUACGUGCUCUACCACCGACAGGCGCUCACCAAGGCCUACUUCCAGAGCGUACGGUUCAACGAACCCAAACGAUUAAUAAGAGUUUUUAAUAACGACGACGUCGAGAUUUUGAAAGCUAGCUUGGCCGUUGGUAUUCAAGGCAAGCAGAAAUCAUUUCCUUGUCUCCCCGAGCACCGUUUGUCCGAUGGCUCGGAAUGUCUGGAAUGGCUUCACAAUCUCCGCUUCUAUUUGAAAUGUCUUCCUCAUGACCCUGGAGUCGAUAAUACUACGUGCUAUUCUAUUCAUUGGAAGGCGUUAAAACCAGAUGUAACACCAAACGACUGUUUCGAUUGGAGCGACACGAAAGUACACUGGUUCGGUGCUGGACAAUCAGUAAACCUAACAUGGCCACUCGACUCUGGUUCAAUCGAUUACACGCCCUUUAUAACUGGUGACAUGCAGAAGUCUCAAUGGGGUAACGUACUAACACGCUAUCUGAUAAACUCCAAAGGCGCAGCAAUAAUUAUUGACGAAGAGACUCCAUUGCAUAUUUCCGUUAAUCAAGGUAAGAGAGAGAUAUGUUUAAAAGCUAAAUAUGACGACUUCGCAUUCGCUAAUAGAGUCACAGAAUUUCCUGAAAUGAAAUAUAAUAUCUGUACGUCAAGAGAUAUGAAAUCGCUUCAUACAUCCAUCCACAGUCACAGAAGCGCUCCAUUAUGGGAUGGACUAAAGCCAGCUGAUAUGAAGACUUUGGAAUCUCUCAUUUCUGAACCAGUGUGGCAAAUUGCUCCACGUUUCAAACACGAAUUACAAGAUGAAACGAUAGCAAAAUACACGGAAGAUGUAAUCAGUUUAGGUUUUUUAAAACAAGGGCAUGUUCUUAUUAACGAAUUUUGGCAAGACGAAAUAGGCGAUCUAACUGUCGACACAAGUCGAUUUGCAACACUCAAUACAACUGUUGAUAAGCUUCACAGACGAGGUUUCAAAGUAGCUUUUACCAUUCAACCUUUUAUAAGUACAGAGAGUAAGAACUUCGCUGAAACUGUCCAGAAACGUUUGCUCAUAACUGAACGGAAUAGCGAUAGACGGAUACCAGCUUUAACUAGAUUUAAGACAUUAGCUAGUGCCGGUGUUUUAGACAUUACAAAUAACAGAUCAGUGCCUUGGAUACUAGAUAAGUUACAGGCUGUUAUAGAUAAAUAUCACAUCGAUUCAUUCUAUUUUGAUCUCGGCACCGCAUACGAUAUGCCCCAUUACUAUCAGUGUGAGAAAAGGUUAAUUAAUCCUGAUCAAUACAAAACGAUAUUUACUAGAACUUUCGAAAAAAUUUUGAACAUAAUCGGUGUAUCUUCAGCCAUUAACUUGCCGAGACCUCCGACUUUUGUGUCUCUACCACCGUUCGAAUCGAGUUGGGAAGCUUUGAGACUAGUUAUACCAACAAUGUUGACGUACGGUGUAAACGGUUUUCCAUUUACGAUGCCUGGAGCGGUAGGUGGUGAUAUAUACUGGCCGGGUAGUGAACAGUUUCUACCAUCAGCUAAAGGUGCAGCGGAAUCGAACACGAACACAACACAAGACAACGGUAUCGCACUACCAGAGAGAGAGCUCUACAUGAGAUGGUUGCAAAUGGCUACCUUCUUACCAGUUAUGAAGUUCACUCACCUCCCGAGCAAGUACAAUGAUGAAAGAGUGUUGGAGAUGGCCAAAAACUUGACGUUGUUAAGACAGAAACUUGUAACUCCCCUACUCCUGAAGUACAAGCGCGAGGCGCUGGAGGAAGGCCUGCCGCUGAUCAGGCCGCUGUGGCUGGUGGCCGACGGGGACGCGCCGCUGCUGGUGGACGAUGAGUUCUUGAUCGGGGACGAGCUCGUGGUGGCGCCGGUGCUGCGUCAGGGGGAGACUACUAGGGAAGUGUAUCUCCCCGCUGGGCUGUGGCAAGACGGUAUCGACGGUUCCUUACGCAAAGGAAACAGAUGGAUGCACGAGUACAAAGUGCCAACUAAUCGCGUCGCGUACUUUCUAAGAAAACCUGAUGAUUUGCGUUUUAAAUAACGUAGUAGAUGAACUCGUGAUAGAUAUUUAUGAUGCCAAGCGCUGCGCCUAUAUUUAUUUUUAGUUGACGCAACGGUCAACUUUUUGUAAGUUGAGUUGCGACAACUACAUUGCCUAGUUUAUGGUAGCGACUUUUUUGUAUAAAAACGGACAAAAAGGUUGUUACGAGUUGCCCAUUGUCGAAACUAGAGAAUGCUCAGCGUCUUAAAUGUUAAUAUAAAUGAUAGUAUUGCUAAUGUGAUAAAAUGUGUAGUUGUAUAGAUAUUAGAGUUGCCAGUUGUCAUUUUUUUGCCUAGAAUGUAUUAAGGCAAUUCUAAUUUCAAAAUUUGUUUUGUUAAACAAAUGUGCCGAUUUUUAAAUGAAAUUAUUCGUAUAUAGAUAGUUCUAAAAUAAACUUUUUUAAAAAUACCUUAACACAAUCAGAAAAAAAUCCAAAAAUAAUUAUGGUAUCUUAUACUGCGAAUACAAAUUAAGACUUAAAUGGCAACUUUAAUAUAUUUAAUGAUAGAUAAAAAAAAACGCUUUCCCUAAUUGAUGCACCAAAAAAUCUUGUAAGAGUUCUUGCCUACAUCCAAAAACGAAUUCAUUUGCGGUUUCAACGGGAACAAAUCAAUUCGUUUUUUGGUUAUAGGAAUUGGGAAUAUAGUUUUAAUGAUUGUAAAAUUUUAUUUAGUUUAGAUAAUAUAUUUUGAUAAGCAAUUCAAGUUUGAUAACUAUACGUUUUAUAAACGAAAAUUAUAGAAAAUUAAGUAAAA